AUGUGCUCAAACUCCAAUUGCUAAGUGCUAUUCUUCAACUUGUACUGGCCGUUCUACACAAUUUUCUCUCUAACAUUCCAAAUUACUCUACUCUAUUUAAUAUCUUAAAUCACCAGCAACUCUUGAUCAUUUGAAAAUCUUCCUUUAUAACACGUCAUUUGUGCAGAUUUUUGUGAUAAUUUCUGCUUAUUUGGCUCAAUACAGGUUGCUCACAAAUAGUAACAGUGCCGCUGUUUUGUCAUUGGGUCCAUGUAGUUAUGUUAGCCCGAAAAUGUGUUUUAUAAAUUAUCAUGUGUAUAUCGCAUGCAGUCUUGCAGCAGGUUGUGCAAUUUCUGUGAAUGUUCUUUUCCGUUUCCUGGUUCUUGUAAGAAAUCAAGUAUCUCAGAAUCUUACAUAUUUGAUGAUAAUUGGAUCGUAUAUUGCUCCAUUAAUAGUUUUGGUUCUCCCAUUCACUGAUACCUGGGAUUUCAACUCCGUUCGUGUCUCCACAGCCCUCGAGCACCCAUCCUAUGACCUAUCCAUUUACUCUCCAUUUUCGGGAUUUUCCAAUUGUGGAAGUCCACAAUUUCUUUUAGCCACCCUACUGGCGCCUACGGAAUUCCAAUAGGUUGCCUUAUUUUGACUCGAAAAGUUCUAAUUUUGAUUCGCGAACAAACCACAAUGUCGGAAAAAACUAAAAAACAAGCACAAACUCUUAUUCAUGGAUUAAUGGUUCAAUCGAUGCUUCCAUUUUUUGCGUAUAUCCCGACAUUUUCCGGUUAUGUGUAUAGUCAAACUACUGGUCAAGAACUGCUGAUUUGCGAACAUUUAAUCGCGGUUUCAACUGCAUUACCAGGGCUUGUUGAUCCAUUUAUAUAUUUUUAUUUCAUUGUUCCGUACAGACAGGCAAUUCGAGAAUGGAUAUUUCCAAAAAGUCAACAACGGAGCUCUACAAUUUGUGUGACUUUGAACUCUGGUUUCAACUAA